AUGGACACCGUGUUAGAUAUCCAGCCACAAAUCCCAGCUGCAGAUCCCCAAGACGGAGACGGCGAUGGCUGCAGCUCCGGCUCCCAGCUCGGUGUUGAGGCUCAAACCCAACCCCAACCCGAACCGACCUCGCAGCCAUUUUCCGCCGGCCGGCUGCUCGUCUUUUCUCCACUGAAAGUAAGGCUCAACCCGUCCGCUGGCUGGACCUUUACCGGCGAGCUUCCCCCAUUCCACCCGCGGGUGAAUCUCGAUCCGCCUGACGUGAAGAUCUACGUGGGCGUCACCGACGACCAGCCCCAGAUACCGACACACAGUCCUAACCAAUCUGUGUUUCUCUCCUUUGACCCCUUGAUGCAGGACAAUUACUGGCUGUACGACAAGCAGUGGAGGACCGUCCCGGAGGAGUUUGUUGUGUUUGGUCCGGAGUAUGAAACGGUCGAGAGCCGCAAGAAGGCGGCCCUGAAGAUGCUGGGGAACAACGUAUUGUGGAUAAGACAGAGAAAGCUUCUGAAACGUGAAGCGUUCAUUAAAUGGACGCUUGAACGGCUGCGCUGGGAGGCCAAGUUCCUGGAGCGCGAGUGGUUCAUCAGGGGCAACAGGGAGAUCUUCCCGCCAGACACCACCAACAGCAGGGUCCUGGAGGCCAUCCUCGAGCUAGAGCAGAUGGCGCCCUUCCAGCCGCUGCCCAACUAG